AUGGCCUUAUUAGUACAGCCCAAUUACUAUGACUUCUUCUCAAGAAGUUUGGUGCCUCUUCGCCAUUAUUGGCCCAUCUCCAUCCAAAACAUGUGCCAACACAUCACUUUUGCUGUUGAAUGGGGCAACUCCAACAUCGACAAGGCAGAAGCAAUUGGGAAAGAAGGAAGCAAGUUCAUAAGACAGAACCUGAGGAUGGAGCUGGUGUAUGACUACAUGCUUCAUGUGUUACGAGAAUAUGCGAAGCUGUUGAGGUUUGAGGCCACCAUACCAGAAGGAGCCGUCGAGCUGUCUCUUGAGUCAUUGGCCUCUAUGGUUAAUAGAAAGGCCAGGAAGUUUCUAGAAGAUUCCAGGGUGAAGAAGCCAGCCACAGAUAGAGCUCCCUGCAAAAUGCCUCCUCCUUUUCAACCUCAAAAGCUUCAUGUCUUGCUCCACACAAAGGAGAGUCUCGUCAAGCAGGUGGAGAUGGAGGGCAAUCAAUACUGGCAAACCCUUCAUAAUACCAACUAG